AUGGUGGCAUUCGAGGCAGCACAAAGUGGCGCUGCCGGGUCGCCGUCUCGCGCCGCGAUGCUCGCCGCAAGCAACGCUGGUGCCGGCUCGUCAGCGAGCAGCGCUUCGGGCGGCGGCUUGACUGCAGAGGAGGACGUUACCGUUCUCGAGUGUGGAGAUCUGUCGCAGCAUAGAUCUAUCUGUCGCAGCAUAGGGCUGUACGACGUUAACGUGUUUACCCCACCCGAUUUGGUGGAGAGGCGUGAUCUGAGGCGGUUGUAUCUGUGCCUGCGGACCCUCAGCAAGCGCACCAUCGGAAUCAAGGAUUUUGAGGGCAGCAUGGUGACUGCCACGUCAGCAACACGCCACCGGCUCAUGUCGUCUGUAUCCAAAACCAUCCGACACACCACCGCCGCCCUCUCCCCCUCGCCCUCCCUCUCCUCCUCCGCCUCUCAAUCAAAACCAGCCCCAGCUGCACUGCCCCGAGCUCUGCCCUCCCCUGCCCCACCGCCCCCAGCACUUUCCUCCCCUGCCACGCCGCCCCCUGCUCUGCCCUCCCCUACCGCACCGCCCCCCCCAGCUGCUCCUCCCCCUGAUCUACCCGCCCCAGCUCUGCCCUUCCAAGCUGCCUUUGUUUCCCAAUCUGCUACCUUGCACCCUCCCCAGCAGAACCGCCUCCUAAGCCAGUCCGUCAGGGGUGAUUAUUUGCCGAACCUGCCGACUUGGCUCGGCCCGGAGCAGCAGGCGGUGCUUCGGUCGCGGUCCCCGGCACGGGUGCCCCCGUGGGUGGUGAGGGAGGGGGGAGGGCCAGCAGAGGCUGCAAGAGGGAGGAGGAGGUCGGCCUCGGUUACUGCAGUGCAACAGGCCCCUCCCGCUACAGUCACACCCAGACAGCCAACACCCCCCCGUACCCACACCUCCCCUCUACGCUCCAUCUCCCCUCCCACCACUUUCCACCCAUCCGAACCGGAGUCCCUCCCUGACACAACCACUAUGGGUAGGAGGGGCGGAGGGGGGCGGAUGGGACAGCAGGAGUUAGGUUUGUUAGAGCAGCCACAGGAGCAGCAGGGGAGGGGGUUAGGGGCGCGGAAAUGGCAGUUUCUUGCAGCAGCAGGUGCGGCGGUGCUGGUGGGAGGAGCAGUGGUGAUGGCUGCGCAGCGACAUCAACGGCUGAGAACGACCGGAGCGAGCAGCGAUUGGGAGAGUGAGAAUCCGAGGAGGAGGAGCAGUGAUUCACAGAGCCAAGGCAAGGGGAAGGGCUCAGCUGAAGCGGGUUUGGAGUCAGCAGUAGGGAAGGUGGAAUCCGAGGGAGGGUUCUCCCACUGGCUGGCUUCUAUGCCCACUGGCGCAAAGCUCACUGAGAAGGAGUUUGAUGAGAGGUAA